AUGGCAUUACGCAGCCUCUCUCAGAAAAUACUCGCUACAUCUUUUGCAGCUGCAGUUACCGCAGGCGGCGUCUACAGCUUCACAGUCUCAAACCGCGUUUCCCUGGUCGAUAAGAACCUCGUCACUCGUUCUCAGGAUAUACCAGAGUCCUUUAUCACGUCCAACUCUGCUGGUCAGAUGCUCAAUGCUAAAAAGCACGUCUAUCACUCUGACUGGCGCUUCAUCACACUCGAUAUACCAACUGAAUAUGAAAACGUCUCCGACCAAGUUUUGCUGGCCAAAUUUGUCAAGGGCUUCUUUGCAGGGGCUGUAAUAAGGCCUGAGAGGGUUGCUCUGCAAACAGUUGGGACAGAUCUUGUUCAUUUUUCAAAACAAGCACCAGUUCCAAGAACAAAUCUCUGGUCUCUUCAAGAUAUACCAGAAACGAACUUACUCCCAAUCAACUCUGUGCUGUUCGGUGUUUUCCAAGUCCUUGACUCACGAAUUGCUGACUUGGAAACCACUAAAAACUCGACAAAGCAAACGGAGAGCUAUGUCGAUUUUGGAUUUGGCGACGACAGCACUGCAUUCGCUGGUGUUCACAGGUUCACUGUUGUGAGACCAAGAGCAGACGGUAACAGUAAAAGGCAAAAGGUUCAGAUUCAUUUCCAAAACAUGACGUGUAAUCCAACCGUCAACAAGCAUCUGGGUCCCCAGUGGCUGAUGGACUUGCAUGAAAUUUAUGCGGAUUACUUAUUCAGGGACGGUGUUGCAGAGAUAAAAAGGUGGAUGGGCCAGUAG